AUGGCGAUACUAGCCAAGGAAAAAUCGUCGCUGACGUUCGGAGAAUACGUGCUGAUAUUUUUCUUCACGCACAUGGGCGACCAAAUUGCAGGCAACUAUAAUUGGGAAAGAGGAGACGAUUUAGACGAGGCGGCCCGGAAGGCCUACGAGGCGGUGAUGGUGGCGCGGCCCCGCCGGCCAGAAGACAUGCAGUUCGCGUGGUUCGAGGCGGAAGUGAAGCGGCGUGCGCUGACCGAGUACAACUUCAUGUGGGAAAAAGACCACGAGGUAUCAAGCCUUGAACAGGUGAACCCAAUGAACAUAGGCAUGUACGAUUCCUUCGUACUGUAUGCGCUUGCGCUAAAUGAGACUAUCGCGGCAGGCGAGAAUCCUCGUGACGGGCAGAGAGUUGUUAAACGGAUGUGGAACAGAACUCUCGUUGCGUUGUCCUCCAGUGCAGUGGUGGGGAUAAGUCUGAGCAGCGUCAUUGUCGUCUUCGCCGUAGUCGGCAUUUUCAUGUUCAGGCGUAUGAAAGCGGAAGCGGAUAUCCAGAGUAACUGGUGGCGCGUGCGCAGUGAGGAUAUAUACGUGACCAUACAGACGUCAUCAGUAAUGUCCAGCACGCGCCGGAUGCGUGACAUCACCUGUCCAAAUCUGACUCAUUUCUUCGGGCUCUGUCCAGAAACAGGCAAGAUGUGUGUGUUGACCGAGUACUGUGCCAGAGGAAACCUUCAGGAUAUGCUUCAAAAUGAUGACAUGAAGUUGGACUGGGACUUCAAAUUGUCGCUGAUUCAGGAUAUCGUGGAGGGUAUGACGUACCUGCACGCAAGCAGUAUUGGUGUCCAUGGUCAGUUGACUGGCUCGCGAUGCAUGAUAGAUGGACGCUUCGUUCUCAAGAUUACCGGUUAUGGACUCAACUGUUUGAAUGAAUCCGAAAUGAGGAAUUCCAGACUUGAAAGUGACAUGGUGUCACCGGAACUGCUAUGUAUGGCGCCCGAACAUCUCCGCCUGUACCCAGCGAGCCGUCAGCGCUCAAGGGCGGGAGACCGUGUACAGUUUCGCCGUCAUUCUGUACGAGAUGUGUUCGCGAGCCGAGCCGUUCACCGAGGAAUCUUGGUACACAUCAACACCGUGGAAAGGAUCAAGAAUUGCGGCAUCAAGCCUUACCGGCCGACAUUGAACGAGCAUGAGCAUAUACCGGAAAUAGUUCAACUUGCUAACCGGUGCUGGGAAGAACUUCCUUCGGACAGACCAACGUUCCAGAAAGUGAGGAAAGUUCUGAAGAAAAUAAGAAUGACGAGAAACAAUGGUGAGUCCCAGAACGUUCUGGACGUGCUGCUACAGCGCAUGGAGCAAUAUGCCAACAACCUGGAGGGCAUGGUCGAGGAGAAGACACAGGCAUUCCUAGAGGAGAAGAAACGAUCAGAGGAGCUGCUAUAUAAGGUCCUGCCAAGAAGUGUGGCGGAUCAACUGCGAAUGGGACAUUCAGUAAACCCUGAAGCCUUCGAGUGUGUUACCAUCUACUUUAGUGAUAUCGUCGGCUUUACUACCAUCUCCGCUAACAGCACGCCGUUCCAGGUCGUUGAUUUGCUUAAUGACCUGUACACAUGUUUCGAUGCCAUUAUUGAAAACUACGACGUUUACAAGGUUGAAACAAUUGGCGACGCCUACAUGGUGGUCUCCGGACUCCCGGUACGCAAUGGUAACGAGCAUGUGCGACAUAUUGCUCGGAUGUCCCUGGACAUAGUCAACAGUGUGCGCCAGUUCGUGAUUCGUCAUAAACCUGAUGAACCGCUAAUGGCGCGUAUUGGAUUACACUCUGGCCCUGUCUGCGCAGGCGUGGUUGGACAAAAGAUGCCUAGGUACUGUCUUUUUGGAGACACCGUGAACACCGCCAGUCGCAUGGAGUCCAACGGAAAAGCCAUGAAAAUACAUAUCAGUGAAGCCACUAUGGGACUACUUUUGCCAUUUGGCACUUUCACCGUAGAAGAGCGGGGAAUAAUCGAGGUCAAGGGAAAAGGGCGAGUGCGAACAUUCUGGCUUGAGAACGAGAUAGAAACUCUGGGGAAUUAAGGCAUGCAGUUGGAAAAAGAAACAUCCCUCUGCGGUUACUCCUCUAUGGGUUAAUUGCAAAUAAUUUCUUCUUGAAAACGUUGGCAUUACACAUCUCAUACAUUCUCAUGGUGCUGUUUUUACGAAAUGGACUGAAAGAAAGCAUUUGUACAAUUUUAAAUAGGAAAAGAACUAACAUCAACAACUAAAUAAUGAUCGAAUGGCUUAAAUCGAUCAUCAUCACGUGGUGUGUUUGACGAUUAAGUAGGCUUCUAAGAAAGUCUUAAAAUAAAAAAAAUAACCAUAAUUGCCAAGGAUCUCACCACCUGAAAUCAUUAUAAGACAUCAGCUCUACAUCUUUUGCAUGCUUAUCUGUAUGUUUCAUAAUUAUUGGUCUGUAUUGUGUCUUGAUAAUAUUAUUAUUAUUAUGAAAG